AUGUCGAAAGCAUUGGGCGACACAAGGAAGCAAUUGGGCAGUGACACCAAGGGUGACAGUGGAGGCGGGCCAGGAGUGCUGAGUGAUGCUAGGGGCUUACCAGGAGCAGUAUGCGCAGCGUCGGGCACUAGUCAAGUAGUGCCAACAAGCUGGGUGGUGAUGGGUAAAGUCCAACAGGCGACGGGUGCGCGG